AAACAUAUCCUGGAGGUAAUUGAGUGAUUGUGCUGGAGCCGAGUUCAUACCGAUGAGACCCGUUGACGAACUGUGAGUGACAAUUGGUGCAAUGAAGGCUAUAUCCUUCUUAUUCGUAAUAUCUGCAUUUGACUGCUGCGUUCAUUCUCUUCCACCGGAUAAGAAUCAGCACCAACAAAGUCUUCACAUAAUCAAAACUCGGAGUAUUGACGUGAACAAUGCAUACAGUCUAUCAUUAGAAACAAGAUUGGAACAGAUCGUAGAACCAACAGGAUACAAGCUAGACAUCGAGCCAUACUUGGAGGAUGGUCUCUUCAAGGGUCACGUUAAAAUUAACAUAACAUGGGUUAAGGAAUCUGACGAAGUUAGUUUGCAUUGCGCUCAUGAGCUUGAAAUUAUUGAAUAUCAAGUACAUGCUAAAACACCUAAUGCAAAAGAUUUGCAAAAUAUUACUGUAACCAGACUGAGCAUUGAUUCCAAAAAACCAAUAAUGACAAUACAUCUUGACCAAGUCAUACCAAAAACAAGUGAAGGCUAUUUAGAAUUCAGAUUCAAAGGGCAAAUGGUAAUGGCCAGUUCCGAAGCUUUCUUUAGGACAACAUAUAAAACUGAACAAGAGGAGGAAAGAAUCGUAGCUGCAACACAAUUUCGUCCCAACAACGCGCGGAGAAUGUUCCCCUGUUUUGAUGAGCCAGGAUUUAAGGCUCCGUUUGAGCUAAGUGUUGUAAGACCGAAGAAUAUGGUUGCUCUGAGUAACACUCCCAUACUGAAGACUGAGGAAAUAGCUGGUGAGCCAGAUGCUGUGAGGGUUUACUUCGAGAGAACUCCUCCCAUGUCCACCUUUACUUUAGGCUUGGUGAUCGCUGAGCUGCAACAACUGGGAACUUCCACACAUUAUAAGGACGCCAAUGGAAACGAUAUUGAACUUCGAGCCUGGGGCCGAGCCGAGUAUUUGACAGCUUUAGAAGGACUGAACGAGAGAAUAAAAUUAGUUUUCACCGAACUGGCCAAUUACUGGCAGGUGCCAUUGCCGCUAAAACAAUUGGACAUUGUGGCUCUCCCUAAUUACAGAGGAUUCAAGCCAGCUGAUAACUGGGGACUUAUUGUAUUUAGGGAAAGCGAUAUACCUAAACGUGGAUACCAACUCGAGCUGGAGAUUGCUUACCAUUGGUUGGGAGCAUUGACCACUCCAGCAUGGUGGAACGAGUCCUACGUCAAUAAAGGUCUUACUGGAUUCUUGGCCACUGAAAUCUCUUUCAAACUAGAUUCCGCAGAUUCUGAAAAUCUAUGGCCCAUUAGAAUGCUUUACUCAAUUUACUAUGAGUUGAGUAAACGGUAUCCCAAUUCUAGAAUAACUGGCCUUAAACAAGAGAUUGCGUGCAAUAAGAUUGAGCUGCUCUUCAGAUUGUUGAAUUAUACGAUUGGAGCUAAUACAUUCAAAAAAGGACUGACCGCAUUCAUUGAGACAAAAAAAUUUAAAACAUUCGUGGGAGAUGAUAUUUGGAAUGCACUUAAUGAUGUAGCCGUUGCUGAUGGUAAAAUACCCAAGGAUAUUAAUCUAAGGAAAGUAGCAGAGUCUUGGACCGCCAAUGAUAGACUUCCUGCUGUUACUGUCACUAGAAAUUAUGAUAAAAAUACUGCACGUAUUACACAGAAAGUCUACCUGCGUGAACGACCUCAUGAUGUGCCUAAUGCAGAUAAGUUACUAUGGUGGAUACCAUUAGUCUUAAUACGUGGUGAUAAUUUGGACUUCAAAAAUACGACGCCUAUCGCUUGGACCAAACAUAAAGAGUUGACCCUGGAAAAUAUGCCCAGCAAGGAUCACUUCGUUAUUGUUAAUCCAGAUGAGAUCGGUCCAUUCCCUGUCAACUAUGAUGAGAGGAACUGGGAUCUACUACUACAAUACUUGUUAAGUGACAAACGUGAAACUAUACCAGCACUUACUAGAGCCAAGCUACUUCAUGACGCAUGGAACUUGGCUUACGCGGGCGAGCUAUCCUUCGCCUCUGCACUAAACAUGACAUUGUUUUUGAAAAAUGAAAAAGACUUCAUGGUGUGGGACCCCAUGUUUGUCAUGAUAGAUCAUAUCGGAAGGCAAAUAUGUCCCUGUAUUAAGGAUAAAUUUAGGAAAUACAUCCGCAUAUUUUUAAGCCCGUUCUAUGAAGAAUUGACGAAGGAGAAAGAAAUUAAGGAUAUUGGCAAGAAGAAGUUCUUGGGAAUGCUUAGAAAUGUUUUGUGUAAAAAUGGAUAUCGGCCAUGUCUUCAGAAAGCGCGAGAGGCUUAUAGUACGUGGAUGACAUCACCAAAUCCUGAUGAAGGAAAUCCGGUCCCAGAUAGAGAAUUCUGCCCAAUUUUCCAGUGGGGCACACAAGAAGAAUGGGACUUUGCACUGCAAAGAGUAAUUAACUUCCCAUCAGCGAGGUCACAAAGUGAAAGGACUUAUCUACUGAAGACAUUAAUCGGUUGUCCGACAGACGAGUACAAGAUUAACAAGUUACUGAACAUUUCCAUAAUUGAAGGGAAUGGUAACUUUAGCGAGACGGAUCUGAAUCUAAUGUUUAGUAUGCUGACUGGAGACCAAGCGGCUAAUAGCGUUCUAUUGAAUUACUUGGACAAACAUUGGGACUUCUUGAAAACCAAGUUUCGUUCAAAGACAAAUCUUUGGGACAAUCUAAUAUCGGACGCUACUGGUGGUCGCUUCACUACACAAGGGGACCUAGACUCGAUCAACAAAUUGUACGUAGCUCAUCAAGGCGAAUUCGGCUCCGCUGAGCACAUUAUUGAACACAACAUAAAGAAUAUUCGCGAAGAAGUGAAAUGGUCUGCUGAGAAUAUACCAGUUAUUGAGAAAUGGCUUGACAAUUAUAUCGCCAAUUCGAAUGUGAAAGAUGAUUUUAUUGGUAAUUCAGCUUAGCAAUAAUGUAAGGUUUCAAAGCUUUAAUAACGAUCUAUUUUUUAUCUAAGAAUUAUGAUAAAAUACAUCGUGUAAUAUUAUACAAGUUGCUAUAAUAAUGGUUUAUAUUAGCAACAACAGCCAAUAUUAAUGAAUAACUAUUCUUUUUGAUUGUAUGACUUAUAUUUUACAACAUAUUUUGUAUUUAAUCUUCAAAAUAUAUGUAUAAUUAUUUAUACAUUAUGGUGUAUUGUAAAUAGUUGAUUAUUUUAUAUUUUUAAUAAAUGGGCCUAUAAAA